AUGGGCAUAUCUGCCGCCAUUGAGCCAGGAGCAGGGACGACUACCACCGUGGUAGGAGGAGUGGGUGCUGUGGCCCUGGCCCCUGUAGUCCUGGGGGCCGUAGGUUUCACCUCAGCUGGAAUAGCAGCUGGGUCCUUCGCUGCAUCCAUGAUGUCGUCUGCUGCUAUUGCUAACGGAGGUGGAAUUGCAGCAGGAAGUCUGGUGGCUGUUUUACAAUCAGCAGUGACCUACAUGGCCGUUGCUGCUGGAGCAGGCGGCGCAGUGAUCUCUGCUCCUAUUGUUCUGGGAGCCGUAGGUUUUACCUCAGCUGGAAUAGCAGCUGGGUCCUACGCUGCAACCAUGAUGUCGUCUGCUGCUAUUGCAAAUGGAGGUGGAGUGGCAGCAGGAAUCACAACAGAGUCGCGUGGAUAA